CAAACGGUGAACUGUCACAUUUUCAUAUCGGAUGUACUCACAUAGAGCAACCCUUUUUAUUUUUCAUUAUUUGUAAAUUAAUACAUUAAAAUGGCUAAGAAGACAUACGAUUUGUUAUUUAAACUUCUUCUAAUUGGCGACUCCGGUGUGGGGAAGACUUGUAUAUUGUUCAGAUUUUCGGACAAUCAUUUUACAACAACAUUUAUAUCUACUAUUGGUAUUGACUUUAAAAUAAAAACAGUAGAGCUGCGUGGCAAAAAAAUUAAAUUGCAAAUUUGGGACACGGCGGGUCAGGAGCGGUUCCACACGAUCACGACGUCGUACUACAGGGGCGCCAUGGGCAUUAUGCUCGUAUAUGAUAUAACAAAUGAAAAAACAUUUGAUGAUAUUGUUAAAUGGUUAAGAAAUAUAGACGAGCAUGCUAAUGAAGAUGUAGAAAAGAUGAUAUUGGGAAACAAAUGUGACAUGGAGGAAAAACGUGUGGUGAGCAAGGACCGCGGCGAGGCGAUAGCGCGCGAGCACGGCAUCCGCUUCAUGGAGACGUCGGCGAAGGCGAACAUCAACAUAGACCGCGCGUUCUCUGAGCUGGCGGAGGCGAUCCUGGACAAGACGGCGGGCCGCGACGCCGACGCAGACCACGCGCGCAUCGCCGUCGAGCGCCGGCCCUCGCGCGCGCCGCCCGCCCGCGCCUGCUGCUCGUAAGCCGCCCGCCACGCUCGCCACACCCGCCACGCUCACCACCGCCGCCACGCUCGCCACGCUCGCCACACCACGCCACACACACCACGCGCCGCCAACGUACACUCGGCAUGAAGGGUGUGUAAUGAAUAUAUGAUAUCUCUAAUUAUUUUAGACUACAACAGCUUGUACCGUGUCGUAUUUUAAAUACAUACAUAAUAAAAAAAAAUAUAUCGUACCGAACUCUAGCAAUGUAUGUAUAGAUGUUUAUCAGGUUUCAAAACUAAUGAUUUAAAAAAAGAACUGCUUUUUGUCCUAAAAUGUCCUAAAACAAAAUCUGCCACUAAUAUACAAUUUUAUAACCAUUUAAUAUUUUUUUGUUCUUUAAAAAUUUUGAAUACAUUCUUACAAACUAAAUAAAAAAAUUAGUGGUAGUCCAACAGAACAUUUAAGUUCGCUAUAAAGCGUCGAUAAACAUUUAAUACAGACAUUACUAGUAAUGUGCUUAUAAACUCUCUUAAAGAAAUAAUACGGAGGCGGCAGUGGAGUGGUUGGGACAACGAAGAGUCUAGAGAGUUCCACGUUAUUGUCGCUAGUGACCUUGAUGACGGCGCGUCUAUAUUGUUUACCCCCGUUUCCAAUCUCUAGGCUGGUCGUUGUUUAUUGUUUAUGGUGGCACCGUGCUGCGGUGGUAAAAUUCAGUUUAUGGGAGCCAGAAUUUUGUGUACAUUCUGAAAAUCCUGUUAAGGCAGACUUACAUUUAUUCAGUUAUAAGCGUUAGUGACUUCAAAACAUGCAAUGGAAAUAUCAUCAGCAUGAUAUGUAUUGAUAUCAAAUCAAGUUAGACGAGGCCAAAAGUUUGUCAACACGUACUUGGCUCGAGAUUGUAGCCAAUAACAAACCUAGAGGCAGAUUUACAUUGAGUCAGCGUUAGUGGUGUACUGACAUAGUAUACGAAGGACAUUUCAAGUCAGCACCGACGAGACAUCGUUUUACAGAUUUUAUAAUAAGCACACUAAUGAGUUUGUAAUAAACUUGAAUCAGUAACUUGUACUGAUAUAAUGUAAAGCUGCCUUUAGCCGACGUCGCUUUGUCGCGUAAGGAAUUCUGUGCAUUGGCAUGAUGUGACAAUUAUCAAUGAACAGAACUGCACCAGUAGUUACGUUUAGCGCUUGAAUAAGUCGCCAACUCUACACAAUAUAAAAUACAACAACUACAUAUAUUUUUUUAUAGUUACGAUCAUUCUCGUCACUUUGUAAUUCUAUAAAUGUUAGAAAUUCCAUGUGUAUUGUUUUUACACCUUUUCUCAACGGUCAAUCAUGUUUUUAUAUUAAAUAUGUAAUUGUUUCAGUCAUUGUGUGUCAACGAUAAUUUUUUUUUCAUUAUUGUAAAUUAAUUUUUCUUUUUGUCGAAACUUGUGUGUGACUGUUAAAUGUUCGAGUUAAAAUUACCAAAAUAUUAUUUGUAAAUGCCGAUCUAAGCAAUUAAAUAUAUUUUCAUUGUGCAAUAAUCUUUAAUCGUACACAACAACGUUUUCAUGAAAUUAUUUGAUAGAAUAAGCUUAGCUAUUACGUACUAAGUAUAUUAUGUAUUGUUGUUAUUAUAUCGUUUUGGUGCUUUUCAAUUCUCACGCCAAUGUGUUGUUUAUUCACAGCUUUGUGUUGAUAUGAAUUUUCUAAGACAUUUGAUACAGUUGAUCAGAACUGACCAUUUGUUAGUUAUCCUUGUCAGGUGUAUGCAUUUUAAUAUUAUUACUUGAUUACUUGUGCAUGUAGACAAUGAAUUCACGCUAUGUGUUGCCAGAGUGUAAUAUAAUAUAUUCUGGUACGUGUUUAGUUCUCGGUGCCGGCUAAUGUUGAGGCGUGCUACUUAAAAUUUCGGGAAUGCUUCCAUGUUUAUUUGAUUCUAGUAUUGUAGGGACUUCACAUUGCAAUGUUUGGGGCAGUCGCUAUUCAGACGUUGCGUUCAUCAGCCCUAGUUGUUAUUUUAAGCUAAUGUAAAUGACAUGCGCAGAUUGUGGCGUCUGCGCGCGACGCACACGCACCAAAGUUGUGCAUUUACAAAUUAAUUUUUUCUACUAUACUAUAAAAUGAUGAACAGUGAUAUAAUCAUUUCAAUGAAUGUGUCAGACGACACACUGCUAGUUGUGUUAAAACCUGCGGCGCCCUCGCUGCAGCUGGGGUGGCAUUUUAACAAAACUAGUUGCACGUCAUAGGUAAUUUAAGUAGUAACUCUAUAAUUACUCGAUGUAAUAAUUAUGUACGUUGAAGGUGAAGAAAUUAACUAUUUUAUCGUACGGUGUAUGUGUCUCGUCGGUUUUUACCUGCUUUUAUAAAUAAACAUCGCCAUUGUAUAUUAUGUUCAUAUUAAAAUACCUAUCGUAA